UGUUGAUGUUAUUAAAUUUCUUGAUUGUUAAUUGAUUGUUGUUAUUAUUUUGUUGGUUCAUUCAAUUGGAAUUAUAUUUUAUUUUCUAUUUCAUUUAAUUAAUUGAUAUGAAUACGAUUAAAAGUAAAUUUAAUCCAACCAGUUUGUCUACUCACUGUCUUAAGCGAAAUCGACUUGUGAGAGCUACAACUUACCUGGUCAACAAAUGUCCUUAUUCAUCUGCUAUUUCGCCACAAUUUGAUGAACAAUUACUUGCCUCAUCAGGGCAAUUCACAAAUCUUUUAACAACUACUAUUGGUAAAAAGUUUUACUCUCAAACCUCAGGUGAAGGUAAAGAUGGACAACUCAGUUGUCCUAAAUGUGGAAACCCAUGUACCCAAGUGGAAACCUUUGUUUCCUCAACUCGAUUCGUUAAAUGUGAAAAAUGUCACCAUUUUUUCGUUGUUCUAUCAGAUAUGGAUUCAAAAAAGACAAUUCAAGAAGCUCGUACAUCUAAAAACAGUUCAGACAAUUCAAAUUCAACAAGAAGACCUCCACCUCCUCCUCCAAAGAAGAUUUACGAGUAUUUAAAUCGACAUGUAAUCGGACAAGAACAAGCAAAGAAGGUUCUGUCAGUAGCUGUUUACAAUCACUACAAGAGAAUUUACAACAAUAUCCCAUAUAGUUCGAACAAGCAAACAACCGGAGCACAAGAAGGGACAAUAAUCGAGACUCAUUCCAAUGAUUUACUUAAUAUUUCUGGACUGGGUCAUAGUAGCAAUGCUCUUGGAGUGAGUAAUUUUGCUCAUCAUUCAUCUUUCCCUGGUGGAGAGUCCAAUUCAGAGGGUUUUAAUUCUGGACCUCGAUCAGCUAAUCGAGGAUCAGACAUACUUGACUCUAAAACUCAUGAACUACGAUUGGAAAAGUCAAACAUUCUAUUACUUGGGCCCACCGGAAGUGGUAAAACACUUUUAGCCCAAACAAUAGCCAAAUGUUUGGAGGUUCCUUUUGCUAUCUGUGAUUGUACCACUUUAACUCAAGCGGGUUAUGUUGGCGAAGAUAUUGAAUCAGUUAUCGCCAAAUUAUUACAAGAUGCCAAUUUCAAUGUUGAAAGGGCACAACAGGGUAUUGUCUUUCUUGAUGAGGUGGAUAAAAUUGGUGCUGUUCCGGGAAUUCAUCAAUUGAGAGAUGUUGGAGGUGAAGGUGUCCAACAGGGAAUGUUGAAAAUGCUUGAAGGUACAUUAGUCACCUUUCCCGAGCGAAAUGCUCGUAAACUCCGAGGCGAUGGAAUAACUGUUGACACAACGAAUAUACUUUUCGUUGCCUCAGGAGCUUUUAAUGGGCUUGAUCGAGUCGUUAGUCGCCGUAAAAAUCAAAAAUAUCUUGGCUUUGGUGCAACUGUUUCCGAAUCACUUGGUCGUCGUGCAGUUUCCGCUGCCGAUGUAGCCAACAAUUAUUCAUCCAAUUCAACGGCUGAAGAUUUAGCCGAGAAAGACGCUCUUCUCAGAUGUGUGGAAGCUCGAGAUUUAAUAGAAUUCGGUAUGAUCCCUGAAUUUGUAGGUCGAUUCCCGGUUGUAGUUCCCUUCCACAGUUUAACGGACGCAAUGUUAGUCGAUAUUUUGACAAAACCUCAAAAUGCUUUGGUGCCUCAAUAUAAAAUGCUUUUCUCCAUGGAUAAGGUUGAGCUUAAUUUCAACGAGAAUGCCUUAAAAAAGAUUGCUAAACUAGCCAUGGAAAGAAAAACCGGAGCUAGAGGAUUACGAGCAAUCAUGGAGACCUUAUUACUUGAUGCAAUGUUUGAGAUUCCAGGAUCUAAUAUCACCGAGGUUUUCAUUGAUGAAGAUGUUGUCAUGGGCAAUUGUAAACCAAAAUAUAUCUACUCAUCUAGUUCGGAACAAUCAAGUGAAAGUGAACCUUUCGAGGAAAGAAAUUUCGACGAGAGAUUUAAAGAUAGAUCAUCAAUCGGCUGAUUAAACAAACCAAUCUACACUUUAAGCUAAUAUAAGACAACACAAAAUUUCAUUUUCUGUCUUCACUUGUAAACAUUUUAAUAGUCUCCAAAAUGUUCAAUUGAAUUGAAUUAUUGGAUUGAAUUGCCAGCAGAUAUGUAAACUUACCUGAACUAAUCAUCGUCUCAUUACAUAUCCGGAACCGUGUUGUCAUAAAUGUAAUUAUAAGCAGGAAAAAAAAUUCUACAAAAAGUCAAUCAUCAUAAUCAUCAACAAUCAUCAUCGUUAUCCAAAUUAUCAUCAAAAAAGCAGCAACAACAAAUUGUUUGUAACUGUUAAUAAACAAAACAGCUUUGGUCAAAUUA